UAAAGCUUGAACCAUUCGUUUACUGCGUGCAUUGUAAAACUGCGUUUCGCUACGCCAUCAUUCAAGUUUGUUUUUUAAAAAAAGAAUUCAAUUUAAAUGCGCGCGGUCGCUCGCUCUACGUAGCGCGCCGUCAGUGUGUCUCAGUCAGUGAAGCGGUCACGACGCCCGGCUAUCCCGGCAAAUUGAGUCCCUGGGCGGGGUGUACGGGUCAACAGGCGCGUCUGGAGCGGAGGGGGGUGAGAGGAGGGAGAGUGGCAAGCGCGGCCGUAGACCCGGCAGAAAGGCACAGCUCGAUAAGCAGGACAUGAAGGCUAAACUGGAACGUAGCAGACAAUCGGCGCGUGAGUGUCGCGCUCGUAAGAAGCUUCGCUACCAGUAUUUGGAGGAGCUAGUCGCUGAUCGGGAGCGAUCGGUGCUCGCUCUCAGGAAGGAACUCGAUAAGUAUUACAAAUGGAAUCUCGAACUCGACCAGGGUCGUAUGCCUGAAGGUAUAGACGCACUGCUUCAGGAAAUGGGGGUAGUUAAACAGGAAGAACCGAAACCAUUUUAAAAACGACGCCCCCGAAGGUAACUUGCAAUUUAACAUUUAAUUCACAUAACAGCAUACAAUCAUAAAUGCAAUGAGAAAAUAAUUUUGUUUUGAAGAACCCGGCUGAUGUGGAAAAAGUUUAAGAAAAUAAUAAUAAUUCUAGUUUUUAAUAAUACAUAUUUUUAAUUGUUAAACAGUUGCUAGUUUGUUAUUUCAUUUGAUUAAAUUUGAAAUUGUGAGCUAUCUUCUCAUAUAUAAUUAUAUAUUUUUUAUAUGUAUCACUACAAAAUUUAAAUAUAUGAAAUUCAAAAUUUCAUUAUUUUUUAAUACAGGUUUAUAUUUAGAACACUUAUACAUCUACUUGUAUAAAUUUAUCUAUAUGACUAAUAUUGUUUAUGCAGUAGAACAGAUGAAAAUUUCAAAAAAUAAUAAAUUACGAUACUUUGUUCACAAUCAGUUUUAUUUGAACUAAAAAUUUAAGUCACGUAACUUAUAUGUUAUGAGUUAGAAUAUAAAGUUUUCAAAAAUAUUAAAGCCAAAUAAAAAAAAGCAAAUUGUAAAAUUUCAGUCACGUGCGUUUUACUGAAUGUUAUAAUGACUGUAUUUAUUUUGUUGAAGUGUACAUUUUCUUUUGACUUUCGUUAUUUGUACGAAAUAUUUGAUUUCAAGUGAGAAAAACGAAUAUUUUUAAAUACAAGAACUGUUUCGUAUUAAUUGAUAAAAUAGUUUUGUCACUGUUUUGUUGUAUGAGCGUAGUUGUAAAAUUAAUUUUGAAAUAAUUUUUAAGUCUAUGGUUUAACAAUAUAUCCUAAAAGGAAAAAUGUACCAUUGAUUUGUUGUUAGUUGAUUUGGUAUUUGUAAAGCGAAGUAUGAGGAUCGUUUUGAGGGUAGUGAUAUUUUUUUCAAACUAAGAUUAGUUAUUUUUUUGCAUUUUUUUUAUCGAAUUGUAUAAGACUUGUUAGAUGUUUUAAAUAGUUUUCUUGGUUUAAUUAAUGUAUAUCAUGUUUAGUGUUUUAGAGAAGAACAAGUUGAUUUUUCAUUAUGUAGCUUAAGUGUGUAUUAAAAAUGUGUGUAAGA